AUGCACGUUGGGGCCCAAGGAGUCCAUCACAUUUUCUUCCUCGAGAGACACGAAGAGUGCCAGCAAGACACCCAAGCUAGACUACUGCAAUUGGCUUGUGUAGGGCAGUGCUUGAAGACUGUUUCGGAGCUUCUUCUAGAGCAAAAUGCUGCCGUGAGAUUGCUUGCUGGUGUGGACGGCAGGAAGUGUGCUUUUGGUCACUCAAAAUUUCUGUGUGCAUUUUCUUCUUCCUGGCAGGUCCUAACCACCUGGCGUAUCUACCUGUUUGGGCUCAAGGUGCCAGCCAAGAUCGAAAGCUCUUUCAACGUGCUAGAGAUCCGUGCUUUAAACGCCCUGAAUCACAACCAGAUCCUGUUGGAGACUGAGAAAGCAACCUACAGCCUGAAAUUCCCCACCCCGGAAAGUGCCGACCAGGUCACGAGACAUGUUAACACUGCCUUAGCCAAAAUAUUUCCGAGCCCGGCCUCUGUCUGCUUGAUACGCCACGGCAAUGCCGAGACGCCGGAGACGCCGCGGGACAUGUCGCCCCACUCGGAGAGCUCCAACUCCACCACCCACAGCAUCUGCGGUGGCUUCUCGGAGACGUAUGCGGCGUUGUGUGACUACAACGGGCACUCUUGCCGAGAGGAGGUCCAGUGGGAUGUCGACACGAUUUAUCACUCCGAAGACAAUCGGGAGUUCAACCUGCUCGAUUUCUGUCACCUGGAGAGUAGGGACCUGGCGCUGAUCGUGGCUGCUCUGGCUUACAACCAGUGGUUCACCAAAAUCUACUGCAAAGACCUGCGGUUGGGCUCGGAGGUAGCCGAGCAAGUCCUGCACACAGUUAGCAAGUCACACCACCUGGAGGAGCUGGUCCUGGACAACGCGGGGUUAAAAACAGAUUUUGCCUUGAAACUCACCUGUGUCCUGGCGGAGAACCCAAACACAGCCCUCCACGCCCUGACGCUCUCCCACAACCCACUGGAGGACAAAGGUCUCAGCGCCCUGAGUCAGCAGCUGUUGUGUUUCCACAAAGGCCUCAGCAAACUUUGCCUUUCCAAGACCAGCAUCACCGCUAAAGGACUCGCCAUUCUGUGCCAGACACUGGGUGCCAACCCGGCUUUCACCAGUACCCUCCGCCAUCUUGACCUAAGCAAGAAUCCGGGACUGCUGGGGACCGAGGAAGCAAAUGGCUUCUAUUCCUUCUUGGCCCAGCCCAACGCUUUGGUUCACUUGGACUUGUCCUCCACAGACUGUGCAGUGGAUGCACUGUUCGGGGCACUCCUGCAUGGCUGUUGCCCGCGGCUUAGCUACCUCAACCUCGCACGGAACACUUUCUCCCACCGGAAAGGAAAGGGGAUGCAGCCCUCCCUCAAGCAGUUUUUCUGCAGCGCCUAUUCCCUCAGCUACGUCAACCUCUCGGGCAUCAAAAUGUCCGUGGAGGCGUUAAGGUCUCUUUUCCAAGGUUUGUCAGCCAACACACACCUCAGCGAACUUCACUUGGACUUGAGCGGAUGUGAGCUGCGUUCCCCUGGGGCCCAGGUCCUUCAAGAGCAACUUCCUGGCAUUAGCGCCUUGAGCAGUCUGGAUCUUUCUGACAACGGCUUUGACGCGGACUUGCUGACCCUGGUCCCGGCCUUGGGCAAGAACAAAUCACUGAAGCACCUCUGGCUGGGCAAGAACUUCAAUGUCAAAUCCCGGACCUUGGAGGAAAUACUGCAGAAGAUCGUGCAGCUCAUUCAAGAAGAAGACUGUUGCCUGCAGACUUUCUCGGUUGCUGAUUCCCGGCUGAAAACCCGCACCAGCAUCCUCAUCAACGCUCUGGGUAGUAACACGUGCUUGACCAAGGUGGACCUGAGCGGCAACGGCAUGGAGGACAUCGGGGCCAAGAUGCUGUCCAAAGCCCUGCAGAUCAACAGCACGCUCAGGAGUAUCUCCUGGGACAGGAACAACACAACCGCGCAAGGCUUCCAAGACAUUGCCCGGGCUUUGGAGAACAACUAUACCCUCAAGUUCAUGUCCUUCCCCAUGAGCGACAUCAUUGCAGCCUAUCGCAAUGCUCCCGAGCGGACAGACGAAGUGUGGCAAAAGAUCCAGUGGUGUCUCCUCAGGAACAACCACUCGCAGAAGUUCCCGCAGGACCAAGCCUUCCGCCUCCACCAGGGAAUCGUCACCAAUAGCGCCGAGCAAAUGAUGAGCCGCUUGUGCGUGAGAGUCCAAGAGGAAGUGCGAGUGCUCCGAAGCUGUUCGGCUGACAGCAUCCAGGAGGAGGUGCAAUACGCCCGGGAGCUCAUGAAGGAAGCCAAGAAUUCACGGGCGCUCUUCCCCAGUCUGUAUGAGCUCGGGCACAUAUUAGCCAGCGAUGGGCCGGUCCGCCACAAGCUGGAGUCAGUGGCCAGCGAGGUUUCAAAGGCCGUGGACAAAGAGCUGCAGGUGAUCCUGGAGUCGAUGGUUGCCCUCACCCAGGAGCUGUGCCCACGCGCUGUCCGGGCCGCCGAGGAGCAUAACAAGAUGUUGGCGGCCGUUUCGGAGCGCGUCACUGUCCCCCGAAACUUCAUCAGGGGAGCUCUGCUAGAGCAGGCAGGCCAGGAUAUUCAGAACAAACUGAACGAGGUGAAGCUCUCUGUCGUGACGUAUCUCACUAACACCAUUGUGGAAGAACUGCUACAGGAACUCUACCACGCUCACAAGGACCUGGCCCAGCACAUCAUCCACCUCCGGCGGCUUUCUGGGGGUCAGGAGAACGCCGCCUUCCCAGAGCACCUGGGGAAGCCCCGUCUCCGCGACCACGAGGAGACCACCGACGAUGAACUGGGCUCCAGCAUUGACACCAUGGCCAUCAAGAGACAAAAGAACUGCCGGAGGAUCCGGCCUGCUUCUGCCUUCAUCAGUGGCUCAGAACAGGAUGGGGAAUUGAUCGUUCCCAGUAUGGACUCCCCUCUGGGCUGGAUCUCCUUGGCCAGCGGGAGCCAGUACUCCUCCCGGUCCUGCAGCACGUCUUUCGAAGCGCUCUCCGACUUGCCAACUGAGGGCAUCCGGCUGGAGCACCACACCCGUAACAGGCCUCGACCCCCUCGCACCGCUCCGCACAACAGCUUCCGUGCCAACAACCGAAUACUGGCAUCUAUCGAGUCCUGGGAGCAAGAGAAUGGGUCAGUGCCCCGGCUGGAUGAAGGGCUGGAGGAAUUUUUUAACAGAAGGGUGCUUGCCGACAACGCCAACUAUCCCUGGACGCCCAAGAGUUGCGGAGUGAGACCAGGACCUUCUGACCCCCUUCCGCCUCUGCAAAAGAAGAGGAGGAGGGGUCUCUUUCAUUUCCGGAGGCACCGCAGCAUCAAGGGAGACCGGGACCCUGACGAUCUGCCCCCGAGUCCUCCGCCGCCACCCAUGGGUGGGGACGAGCCAAAGCCCCUGCCUCGCUCGGAGGAAGAAAGGAAGCUGGGGCAGAACCCCCUUGGAAUGGCAGGGGUUCUCCCGGGAAUGGGGCCCACAGCCCCAGGAAGUGGGGUGAAGGCUCUGCCGAGCAGAGUGAGACAGGGUUCCAAUCCUGACGCAGAUCGGACAGAGGCAGAUUCCAGAGGGGCAGAGCUCUUGCAGCCUUCCCGGGUCCAAGGUGUGGCGUUGCCGGGAAUGGGGCGUGCAAAGGGGUGGAGCCUGGAUGCCAAGCUGGAGAGCGUGGAAUUGGAACGAGGAGGGAGUAUACGGGACCGGCACAGAAGAAGGUCCUCGGAUGACUCAGGGCAAGGCGGGUGGAGGCCCCAUCCCCCGUCACAGAGCUCCAAGCCGAGUUUUGCCACCAUCCGUCGGGCCGAAGCCACCUGGGACAUCGCGGAAGAGAGUUCCCCGCGGGAAACCAGAGGAAACGAGUCCCAGCAAAAUACCCCCCAGGAAGGAAGGCAGAGCGGGGCCGACGAAAGCAGGGGCUUGCCGACAUCGAGCUCGGAGAAGGAGAGUCUGACAGCAGCAGUGAAGCAAUUCAGGGAACCCUCGACUACCCCACGGCCUCCAAAACCCAUCGCCCUCCCCCGGGGCCGGAAACCCCCCAGCCAGCCUGAGAGAAGCCGGAGCAACGAGGAAGCAGGCCUAGCCGGAGGGGCUGCCCCGGAAGAUACACGUACGUCACCCCCAAUAGCCCAGCCCCGCCGCAGACCCGAAGAGCCGGAGAACGAAGGGGACCCAGAAACGGGGAGGAAAGCAGCCCCUCUCAAACCAAAGAGGACGCGGCGAGCACAGUCUUGCGACAAACUGGAUUCCGACCGGGGCCGACACCCGUGCUCUGGAGCUCCUUCUUUCUUCAGGAACUCCCGAAUCUGGGACAGAAUGAUGGGCAGACGUUCCCUGGACGCCGCGUCCUCCGCUGAAAGCUGCAGAGAUUCCUUUUCCUCUUCUGGCGGGAAGACCGAGGGAACGUGA